AAGCAAGUUGAACGAUCCUGUAAAUUGCUUUUUAUCCAAUAAGAGAGCGCAUUUGAACGUUUGUGACGCCGCCUCGCAAAGCAACCGCACAGCUAAGCUAUAUUCCAACGAGUGCUAUUUGAGAGAGGCGUAGCUUCGUCAAAGAGAGAGAGAGAAAGAACUUGUAUUGCUCAGUGAGUCAGUUAACAACGUAUAAUAUUAUUUUCUCUCGGAUUAUACUUUCCAGAAUCUGCGACGUGUGAUUUUGUAACAAGUGUACUCCUAUCCGUAAUAGUACGUGAUGUGGACAUCGGUUUGAGAAGCGCGUUGUCUCACCGUUGUCCAUGGUUCUUCGCAUGUGUGAAUAUAAGUUAGACAUGGACAUUGAUAACCAGAGCGAGGACGGGGAGAUCAAGAAGAGCCCAUCGAAAGAUAUGGGUGAUUACAGGUUUAAAGAUUGACCAGCCAUGAAACGACCACGAGGAGUUUUCGUGCGCGAUCAAGUGCGACAGAAUGUUCGAGACAUUCUCGAACGGAAUGCGCUACUUGGAUGCACGAACUGUUCGAAAGCGUGAUAUGUAUUAUAAUACGAGUUCGCGAACUCUUUAUAGCUUUUCAGAGGAAGAAGGUGGCGAUACUGCUGAUUCUUUAGAUAUUAAGCCACCACAAGCAGUUGUGCGUCACCAUAAGUCGAGCUCAUCUCGUCGUAGGGAGAAACACAGUGACAGAAGAAGUCGUAGGGAUGAGAAAGAACGCAAGUCGCGUCAACACGAACGCGAGGACAGGCACAGGGAUAAACACAGACAUCGUAGGCAUGUUGGAGAGCCUUUGGAAAGAUCUGAACGUUUGGAAAGUUCCAAGAGAAAUCGUGACAGAAUAGAACGUCUAGACAGGAUGGAGAGUCAUUCGCGAGACAGGGAAUCAUCUAGACACGAACGGAAAGAAAGAACUACAGGAGAUCGUGUUUUAGAAGAUUUGAGAGAAAGGUUACUAGAUAAAAGAAGAGAAAGGCGGGAAGAACCGCGUGAUAUUCGCGAGUAUAAAAUCGAAUCUCGUCGCGAAUUGCGAUUAGAGGACACGAGAGAGAUGCGCGAGCCGCGCGACCGUCGGGAAGUACGGAUGGAAGACAUCCGAGAACGUCGUGAGUUGCGAAUCGUGGACGAUAAUAGAGACCGUCGUGAAAUUCGCGUGGAGGAACAGAGGCAUAUACGAAUGGUCGUGGACGAACAGUUUUCGGAGAACGAGUUGAUAGAUCGGCCCAAAAAACGCCGCAAGGUGUCUCACAAGCACGACAGAAUGCGCGAGAGAGACCAGGAAAAGAUGGAACGCGAGAAGGAGCAUAGAGAGAAGCAACUGCGCGAGGCGAUGGAAAUCGUGACCGACGAGAUCAACGAGAUGGAAACGCAAAGUGAAAUCCCGAUACAACUGAAAGAUCCGAAAGAAAUGACGGAACAAGAACUUAGGAAAGAGAGACUUCUGGAAGCUGAUCGAGAGAUGGCCAGGAGAAAGGAAGUUUCCAGAAUGGAAUUAGAAGCGAGAAGAAUGAAAAGGGGUGAGAAACGGCCUUUGAGUCCGGAAAAUAAUCCGGAUCCUUCGAUCGUGGAGUUGUCGGACGAGAGCGGUAGUCCUGCUCAUUCCGAAGGCGCGCAUUCUAAAUCGCUGGAAUCCAGGCAUUCAUCGGAAGGAGAAAGAAGUAUACGCGACCGAUCGUCGGACCGACGCUCGUCGGACUCUUCAGAAUCGAGCAGUGACGAUGACGACGAGUCGAAUGAGUCGAACAAAGGCUCCAAUGGCGAUUCUAACGACGGCUCGGAUUAUAACAAUCCGAGUCCUCUCUCUGUCGAUCGGUUAGCGAAGUCUGAUCAUUCGGGCGGAGAAUCUCCUGGACACGUGGACUCUAACAAUGCGUCUAAGAAUGUGGAGAAAGAGGAGAAGAAAGAAGAAGAAGAAGAGCCUGAAUUACCGCCGUAUCUACCAGCUAUUCAAGGUUGUAGAAGCGUCGAAGAAUUUCAGUGCCUGAACCGAAUCGAGGAGGGUACAUACGGAGUCGUAUACAGAGCGCGUGAUAAACGCACGGACGAGAUAGUCGCGUUGAAGCGACUGAAGAUGGAGAAGGAGAAGGAGGGUUUCCCGAUCACGAGCCUCAGGGAAAUCAAUACGUUGUUGAAGGCACAACAUCCCAAUAUCGUCACUGUUCGGGAGAUAGUUGUCGGCAGCAACAUGGACAAGAUAUUUAUCGUCAUGGAUUACGUGGAACAUGAUCUGAAGUCCCUCAUGGAGACUAUGAAGCAGAAGAAACAAGUGUUCAUACCUGGAGAGGUCAAGUGUCUCAUGCAGCAAUUGUUGCGCGCGGUUACGCAUCUGCAUGAUAAUUGGAUACUGCACCGUGACUUGAAGACGUCCAACCUGUUGCUUAGUCACAGAGGCAUCUUGAAGGUUGGCGACUUCGGCUUAGCACGGGAGUAUGGCUCCCCUUUGAGACAAUAUACUCCGGUCGUGGUUACACUUUGGUACAGGGCUCCUGAGUUGUUGCUCAGCGACAAGGAAUACAGCACUCCUGUGGAUAUGUGGUCUGUUGGGUGCAUCUUUGCGGAGCUCCUGCGCAUGGAGGCGUUGUUUCCUGGCAAGUCGGAGAUGGAUCAGCUGAAUAAGAUAUUCAAAGAAUUAGGAACUCCAAGUGAAAGAGUUUGGCCAGGAUACAACAGAUUACCUUUAGUCCCAAAAAUCCCAUUCGCGCAUUAUCCUGUAAAUAGUCUACGACAAAGAUUCAGCUUGUCGUUAUCCGAACUAGGCAUUGAGUUGUUGAACAAAUUUUUGACAUACGAUCCUCGUCAGCGUGUAACUGCUGAAGACGCCCUGGGUCAUGGAUAUUUCACGGAAGCGCCAUUGCCGAUCGAUCCGCAGAUGUUUCCCACUUGGCCCGCGAAGUCGGAGCAGGGAACCAGAACUACGAACGCGUCUCCUAAACCUCCAAGCGGUGGCAGAGAAUAUAAACAGUUGGGCGACGGUGACGACGCCGAUUUAAGCAACUCCGGUUUUCACAUGGGACUGACAGAAAGUGGCAGAGCCCCAUCUGUCGGUGGUGGUUUUCACUUGAAAUUUUAAACGCGUAGUAACCGAUUUGCACGGUUUGUAUUCUAAUUUCGGAGUUUUUAUCAUUUGAAUAUUGUGUAAAAUAUACAUCAUAUUUAUUUGUACGUAGUAAGACAGAUUCAACGUUAAAUAAGAGAUAAACUUGGCGCGAGGCACUAUCGUGCCUCUUGAUAAAUGUACAUUUAUUCCAUUCUCUUUCUGUGUAACUGAUAAUAUUCUUGUUUUCAUUUCUAUUAACUGUACAGGGUAUGAUACCGAUAAUCAUAUAAAAAUCGAGAAAUUUGUAGGUAGUAAUUCUAUACUAUACUAAUUAGUCUUUGUGAUCGAAUAUUUACAUUUAGAACAUUGAUAUAUAAGAAAUGAGAAUAAGCAAAACAAUAGAAAAUGCGAUGAAGAGAAAGAGAAAGAGAGUUGUAACAAAGAAGUAUGA